AUGAUUCUCUGCUCGCCUCUCUCUCGACUCCACCGGCCUCCUUCCAGUCUCGGGGAUCUUCGAGCGUUUGUGCCCAUUGCCGGGCACCAGCGGCACCAGUCGUCUCCCUGCCUGGAGCCACGUGGCGGUGCUUGCGAUUCGCGCUUGUUCGCGUCAACUUUCGUGCAACAGCCGUUGGUCACGAAGAGAGGGUCGUUCCCGGUUCAGCGGAGCUCGCAUCCAGCUGCGGUGAAGGCUCCCGCACGGGGAGUAGCGAGGGCUUUCUUUUCUCGUAGCAAGGCAGGCAAUAUGGCGGAUGGAGGCGGCUCUGCGGCGAGCCAGUCCAAGGUGGUGGUGGUGACCGGGGCCACCAAGGGUCUGGGCCGCGCGUUGGUGGUGGAGCUGGCAAAGCGCGGCCACAGGGUGGCGGGGUGUGGGAGGGAUGUGAAGCAGGUGGAAGUGGUGCAGCGAUUGCUGGAUGACACUCGCGUGCCUGCUACUACUGCUGCUGCUGCUGCUUCUCCUGCCCAGCACCUUAUGGUUGCGGUAGACGUGGGAUCAGAUGGUCAAGUCAAGGCCUUUGCUGAAAAUGUCAUCUCAACUAUGGGAGUACCCGAUAUAGUAGUGAAUUGUGCAGGGCUGAUCAACGCGAACAAGAGGUUGUGGGAGGUGCCAUGCGAGGAGGUGGAUCGGGUGCUGGACGUGAACAUCAAGGGCACCGUCAACGUCAUCCGCCACUUCGCCCCCGCCAUUGUGGAGAGGCGCCACGGGGUGUUUGUCAACUUCUCAUCUGGAUGGGGCCGCUCUGUUGCUGCGGAGGUGGGUCCGUACUGCGCAUCCAAGUGGGCGGUGGAAGGUCUGAGCAAGUCGUUGGCACUAGAGCUGCCUGCUGGUUGUGUGUCUGUGGCUCUCAAUCCUGGAGUCAUCAACACCGCCAUGCUGCACUCCUGCUUCGGUUCCGCAGCUUCCAUGUACCAAACGCCCGAGGAAUGGGCCCCCCGAGGACCAAUCGCAGCAGCGGAGCUGCAGGGGGGGAGGUUUAGGCAGCCAUGGUCCAAGUUCGCUUUCCUCCCUGGUCAGCUUUUUCCUUCUGACGUGCCGUGUGGCCUCCCAGACGAGGCCCUCGCCGAGUUUCUUGCGGAAGCGUCGACGAAAUCGAGCAACCAUCAAGACAAGGGUGGGGAGAAGCUAUCAGAACUGAACCUCCCUGGUCUCGACCCGCUGGCUCCGCGCAUUCCCACCGCCGCCAACGGCAAGGCCUCCGACGCGCCUUGUCCUCGCGCUGGCGACGAGGACGAAGAAGGCGACGAUGACGACGACGACGAUGACGACGAUGGCGACGAUGGCGACGACGACGACGAUGGCGACGGCGAUGGCGACGACGAGGAGGCAGAGGACGACGACGGUGAUGACAACAAGGGGGAUGAUGGCGGUGAGGAUGAUGCGGACGGGGAUGGCGGGGAGGAGGGCGGGGAGGAGGAAGGAGACGGGCAUGAAGGGGAAGGGGACGAAGAGGACGGCGAUGAGGAUGUGGAGGAGGAAGGGGACGAAGAGAACGGCGAUGGCGAUGGGGACGGGGAGGAUGGCGACGAGGAGCAAGGGGAUGAAGGGGACGACGACGGCGACGAGGGGGAUGACGAUGACGAAGUUGAUGCUGGUGACGACGACGACGACGACGACGACGACGACGACGACGACGGUGACGGUGACGACGACGGUGACGAUGACGAGGACGAUGACGAUGAUGAUGAGGACGCCCCUGCGCCUAAGAAAGCCAGACAUUGA